AGUAGGUGUAUGUCUCAAGCCGGAAAAUUUUUAUGCAUGAAAAAUUUUGUGCUGUUUUCUUUGAGUAGUCAGCCAUUGCUCAAUGUAUAAUCGAUUAGUGUUCUCAUAAUGACAUUAUAAAUAAUUUUCAGAAUAUUUAAUAAAAUUUGAUCAUGAAUCAGUAUUGAUUAGUAUUUGAUCUACUUACGCAACAAAUAGAAUAACUGUUUGUAUCAUAAAUACUGAUAAUGAUGUACGCAAAUAAGUGUGUUCUAGUAAAUUCAACUCCUUUAAAAUUCAGACAAUUGUCACCGUCAACAAAUACUCGCGAACAAUCAGGUUUUUAUAUUGGUUAUGAAUUAUGUAUUUUAUUAUUAGCAAAUUAUUUUUCCUCGUUACUUUUAUCCUCUAGUUUAUUCUCUGUGAGUGUUUGAUGUAUUAAUGGAGCAGGAAUAGUGGAUAUGACAACAGUGACGCAUGUUACUGAAGCAAUUAGUUCAAUGCUCAUGGCUAAAGGAAGAUUUAGGGGUUCCAAUGGGACCAACAAAAAUUUAUUUUCCAAUGGAGUAUUUAAAGGUGCUGAAGUUUUUACUACAGAGUUUGAAAUUAAUGAGACUUCUCCUAGUGCAAGAACUUUACUUACUAAAGGGUAUAUUCAAGAUGAAAUCAAUAACUUUUCAGGUGCUACAGUUUCUACUCGAGGAAGGUUCAUGACUGAACAAGAAAAGUUAAGAUGCCCUAAUGAACGUCCGCUCUAUCUGUACAUUCAGGGUCACACGAAACAUAAUAUUGAUUUGGCCAUACAAAAAAUCAAUAAUAUCAUCAAAACAGAACAUCAAAGCUCGUUGAAUAGACCAAGCCGAUUCACAAAUGCUCCACCACCUUUGAUGAGUUUACAUACUGGGGUUCCAUCAGUGGAGAAGAUAUGUGUAGGAAUUGAAAAUGCUCCUGAAGGUUUUGAUUUACGUGGUCGGAUUAUUGGAGCAGGAGGUGCCAAUUUAUUGUAUAUACGAGGAGAGACGGGUGCUACAGUGACUCUUAGAGGCCGUGGGUCACAAUUUAUAGAUGCUACUUUAGGUACUGAAUCACCUGAACCACUUCAUUUGUAUAUAGAGCAUCCUAAACCGGAAGCUUUACAAAAUGCCAAGCAAUUAGUAAUUAAUUUAAUUCAAACAAUACAAUCUGAACUACAAUCUUAUAUUCAACAACAGCCGCCACCAAUACAGCCACAACAAGUUUUGGAAACUUCGCAGAUUCAACAAAUUCAGCAAGCACACUUCCAGACUAUGAAUAUUGGGGCGCUGACUCAGUCUAAUGUUGUUACGAUCCAACAUCAAGAUAUAAUUCAACAUCCACAAAGCAGUGUAGUUACGUUACCUGCGACAAUAUUAACCGCAACCAUGACAGGUGGUCCAGCUCCUGGAGCAACAGUUCCUCCUCCUGGAGUUCAUAUUCCAGCACAUACUGGACCUUUAGCACCUCCAAACCAACCUCAAGAAAUGCAGACAUUAAUAUCGCCUCCAUCAUCUGUUAGUCAAGUACAAUUGAUCGGGCCACCUCCAACUGUGAGUCAAGUCCAAUAUCAAAUUCAUCCAGGCCAACCUGUUCAUAUUCAAGGAAUCCAAAUGCCAGCAGUAUCUCACUCACCCUCUCAAUCAGUAGCACAAAUGUACGUUAUGAGCCAACCUCCACCACAAAGUCCGAAUCAGCAAGGCUUUAUUGCUAGUAGUGGAACAUCUGUUAGUGGGGCUGUUUCUUAUGUCUAUACUCAACCAAAUAUUCAACGACCACCUUCACCAGUUCCUCAAGCUUCUAUUGAAACUGUUAAUGUUAAUCUUCAACAGCCACCACCACCAACAUCAUUAAAUGUCACUCAUCAACCUCCGCCAUCGUUGCUUCAUCUCCACUUCCCUCCUCCAAAUUUCCCACCUAAUCAGCCGCCUCCACCAAUCCCUCAGACAUAUCAGAUUCAGUAUCAACAAAUGCAAACAACUGGGCCUCAACCACCGACGCAGUUUGUUUUGCAAUCUGAUGAAACCAUAGUACAAUCUCAACUUCAACAAAACCCAGAACAUACUCAACAUAUUUUGCCCGCUCAAUAUGAUGCUCAACCGCCGCAAUAUCCUCUUCAAGUCCCUCCACCAAGUACACAAACUUUUCUCGUGCCAAAUUCACCACCAUCUCCAAACCAUCAUCCACAACCACCACUGCCAGUGGGAAUGGAAGGUUCUCAUCAACAUGAAGGACCUGUAGAACAUGGUCCACCACCACAACCAGUACCUCCGCCUCAAAUGGUACCACCACCUCCAGUUAAUCAGUUACCGAAUUCUAUGAAUAUUCUAACAAAUAUGCCACCGCCAAAUCAACAACCUCCACCACCAAAUGCUCCUUGGCUCUAUCAAGCACAGCAGCCUCCACCCACACAAGGACAAAUCCAGAUUCAAAUGCCACCACCACCAUCUCAAGCUCUUCAUGCCGUACCAUCUUCCCAAGUUCAACAACAGAUUCAGUACCAUUCACAGCAAUUGCAGUAUCAAAAUGGCCAAGUGCCUGCCCAAGUGCACUACACUAUUCAACCACCUCCACAACCAUUUGAGAUGCAUAAGCCUGAUUCUCCAGAACAUCAUAAAGGCCAUGGUAUUAAGAGGCGAUUUACUGAUGUUGAUGGACUUCCGGAUGCACCACCUUAUCAGUGUGGACCACCACCAAUUCAACGUCAUGGAAAUGGCAGAGAAGUUGAGAGGCAGCAACAACCGAUGCAUGGUCCUACAUCAGGAGGUGUUGGUCAUCCCCCUGGCGAUCGAAACAAGCCGCCAAUGCCACCUCCGCAUCCAGGUGAAAACUGUCAUUUGGAUCAAAGAUCUGCUGGACCAAAUUCAGGCAAUGAACAAAAUUUUAAUGGUGAUUGUGGUAUGAUUCCUGGAUCUGGACAACCAAUACCACCACCUCCAGGAUCGUGGCAGCGAGUUCCUUGGACAAGGCCUCCACCACCUAGGGAUGGAGAGCAUCAUGUAUUAUAUCCAGCUCCACCGUUGCCCACAAAUAUGCCUCCACCACAUAUUAGGCCCAGGGGCCAGUCCGACAUCGAUCGAAGUCGGUCGCCCGUUCAAGGAGCAACAUUGGAUCAUCAUAUGAAUGUUGAGUACAAUCAGUUGCCUCCUUACUCUGUUAAGCCGCCGCCGUACAACUCAAUCCCAUUGAUGCAAUCUAUCUGCAAUGCACCGCCACCGCCACCACCGCCACCCCAUCAUCAACAACGUCCACCCUUCCCUCAACAGUAUCAGAUUCCUGUUUCGCAAGGACUUUCGGUGCCUUGCCCUCCAUGGAUGAAUUAAUUGUGUCUAUAUGAAUUCAUUAGGUAAAGAUACUUGAUCCAAUUAACAGUGAUUUAGACUUUUCAUCCAUUAAAUACAAGUAUUUGUGACAUAAGUUAAUGUGAUAGUGACCGUUGAAUUUAAUCGCCUUAAUGCUACAUUAUUAAUUGAAUUAAUGUUUGUAGCUAAAGUAUGAAAGUGACUGUGAAUUUAAUUUUAUCAACGAAUUACAUCGAUCAAAAUUUGACGUCAGUGAUCGUUUAUGAUAUGUAAUAUAUUAAAUAUACAUACAUAUAGUUUAAGUGAAUUUCGUAGGGUUAUUGUGUACAGUAAAAAUAAAAUUGUUUCUAUUUAUAAUUGGUGCGAAUUCAGCUUUCCUCGAUAUU